AUGCUUCUUACCGCCGCAAAAUUCAUUCUCCUCAACGGGUUACUAUCGACCGCACUACCUCUUCCAGGCUUCAUACCCAAACUACCCGAUGCACCGAAACUCCCUGAUGCACCGAAAAUCCCCGAUGGUGGAGUAACUCCUGAGAUUCCUAACUUCAAUAACCCAAACCAAGCUGUUCCUGAAGAUGGCCGCUGGCCGCCGCCGGAGACUCAGAAUCCUGAUACUCCGAAAGACCCUGCCCCCAAUACUCAGAAUCCCGAUACCCCCAAUGACCCUGCCCCCAAUCAGCAACCGGAAUUAACUUCUUGCACCAUUAACGGAAGGAAGCGGGCAGCCUGUACACCCAGCGAGGAUAAAUGGAAUGCCUUGAAAGUAAGAGAGGGGCAAACAGAAAACCAGUUUUCGAUUGCUGGAAGGACAGCGAUCACUCGUCUGGAUAAUGUGAAGACGAAUCCGCCACCACCAAAAGAUGUGCCCACUGGAGAACUUAUGGAGUCGAGAUAUGCGGUCGGCCAGACGGAAGGAACGAAUGCAGAAAGCCCCAAUAUUCUCCGGGUUGUGAAGAACAUGGAUGUCGAGGGAGACUUUUCAUGGACCGAUAUCUCAGUCAGGAAUACAGAUGCGGACAUCGACUCAUUCAUCGCCAGCAAAAGAGCUCAGAUCGACCAAAGCUUGUCGCCGGAGCAAAUUGCGAAACAGAAUGCGGAUCUUGAUCAGUUUGCAGUGGAUCUCAAAGACCCCCAAAACGGCGCAAUGCUCAGAACUUCCAUCAACCCCGAGUCUCGAUCGAUAGUCAUGGACUUUAGUUUCAACCAAAAAGUCGACCUACAUCGCAAAUAUCCCCGCAACGACAACGACCCCAUUGACGAGGAAAACUACCGGAGAGCAGGUUCUGACGAUGGAAAGCCAGAUGAUCAGAAGGAAGCCAUUACAUACACGGAUCAGGUUAUGUAUAGCCUGGCCAAAGUUUAUGAACGUGCAGGAAAAGAUCUCAAGGCCGAGCCAAUCGAAAACAUUGUCCGCCGCAACAUCGAAACUGUUGAGACCAACAAAGUCAUCCAAGCUGCUCUGGCAAAGUCUGGACAAAAAUUAGACGGCCCUGAUGAUGUAGUGAGUUUCGACAAGGGCACGCCGGAAUUCGAAGCCAUCAUGGGGACAAUCCACGGGGAGCGCAUGUUGCAGAUGCUUGUAGACUACGUCGAUAAGCUCGGCCCCCGUCGCAUCAAGAAAGUCUCCGUUAUGCGCGAUCAAGCGAGCAUCGACAAUCCCGCUAGCGACGUUGAUACCGAUACACCCAACGCUAAUUCACCUCAGUCUCACGACUCGGAUGUCGAGAUGACAGAUGUUGAAUCGGACAGCGAUUCCUCCAGUUCCCCUGAGUCUGGUCCCGCGAGCGACCCUGAGUCUGAUCCCGCCAGCGAGGGGUCGGCUUCAUCAUCAGGCGAGCUUAAGGAACAUGACAUGCUCUUUGAGCUUGAAGACAUUCCUUGA